GGAAGAAGUGCAAUUAAAUAAAAAGAAUGCCCAAUAAAUACUGUUACAUUUGUGGUAGAAUCAAUAAUCAAAUUUCCUUGCACAAAUUUCCAAAAGAUGAAAACCUUAAAAGGUUUUGGUUAGAAAGUUGCGAUUUAAACGAAGCAGAUAAAGUGGACACCUUAAAAUUGUGUUUCAAACAUUUUACGCCUGAGGAUUUUAUCAAUAUUAAAGCUCGAUCAUUUGGUGGCCAUCUGACCUUAAAUAAAAAUGCAGUCCCUUCUGUUGAUGUACCCACAAAAGUAGUUAAACCAUCCCCGAGUACUUUCACAGAUGAGGAAAUUUUUAAAAAUACAACAACCAUUAAGGAAGAAAUAAUUUUACAAGAAAAUGAAAAUAACUCCAUUUCUAGUGAUGUUACUAUUGAUAAUAUUAUGAUGGCUAAUAAUGAGCAAAACUCUAAAAAUAUUCAAGAAUCUUCACCAAAAAAACGAAAAUUUUUUGAAGCAAGAUUUGUUUCUGAAAUAGAAGAUGCUGAUUUAGAAAAACCUGAAAUUGCCAGGAGGGCCAUUUGAUUGGCCAAAGAUACGAUAUUAAAAAAAACAAAAAAAAUUAAAUCCCUGCAAGACUCAAACAGAUCAUUGAAAAAGAAAAUAAAAUCCCUAAAUGAUAUAAUUUGUCUACUUCGACAAAAAAAGAAUAAAUAAAUGUAGCAAAUGUCAAGGCAUAAAAAAUUGAGAAGACUUUUGUGUGAUAGGUUCUGGUAAAAAGUUUAUUCACAAUAGUUUUAAACUUUUCUUUUAGAAAAACUACAAGAUGAUAAUAACAAAGAAGAUAAUGAAAUAAGACCAAUUAAAC